AUGUCAGACGAAAGUGAAUCCACUUCCAAAAGUGAUUCUGGCGAACCUAAACAUUCUGGUGAUACCAAUAACAGUCCAGAUAAAAAAAAACAAGAAUCAUUGUUCGCUUACGUCGGAGAUGUUAUAUCAAAAAGUUCACGGUCUCAGAGUGAUGAUGCACUCAAUACAGAUGAAAAAGGACACAAAAUAUCAAUAAUUCGACAACGUUCACGAUCAGCUGAUAUCCUUGACGCUGAUAGUGAAGUGUCAUCAGCCUUUGAUCCCUAUCCACAAAAUGAACGCAAGAACGACACUGCUGAUUUUAAUUACGAUACUAGUCCACUUAUUGAAAGACGUGAAAGUAAACAGCAAAAUUACAAGCAACCGGUUUAUCUUAAACAAAUUCAACCGCCAACUCCCGAUCCUGUCGAAAUACAAGUACAUGAAGUUCUUGUUAAACCUCAAAUACAACCACGACCAAUACAUGUUAGAAUAGCGGCACGAGAACAAAAAACACCAUCACCAAUCUUAAUUCAAAGUCAACCACCAAAUCCGUUACCACAAUUAGAACAAAAUAUUGUUUAUAAAAAAUUUAUACCCUCUCCUCAACAUGCUCACUCUCAACAAGUAAUUAUUCAUCGAUAUCCAGAAUUACCUCCUAAACCAAGACCAAUCAUUAUUGAACAAUGGCUUCCAUAUAAACCGGCACCAAAACGUAUUACCUAUCGUCAUAUAGAUCAAAAUGAGUUACAACAAACGGUUCAACAACAAAAAAAUAUCAUUAUUGAGUAUUCAAAACCACGAGCAACCAUUGAAGUUGAACUUAUACGAUUACCAAUUCAGCGACAAAAUCCUUCUCAAUAUAAAAGUGUAUCACAUCUAAAAGAUUUUGUUGUCUCAAAUGAUCGAGAUAGAAAUGAUCCAAGUUCAUUAUUAUGGAGAAUCUAA